ACGCUAACUAGCUAGUUCAUUCUCGGGAAGCUUGCAAGCUAGCUCCAUCAGACGACGAUUUAAUCGAUCAGGAAGGAAGCUUGCUCGUCCAACUACGACUCAAACGAUGGAGGCCAUUCCUCUGCUGACCCCCUACAAGAUGGGCCAGUUCGAGCUCUCUCACAGGGUGGUGCUGGCGCCGCUGACGAGGCAGCGUUCCUACGGCAACGUGCCGCAGCCGCACGCCGUCGUCUACUACUCGCAGCGCGCCACCAAGGGCGGCUUCAUGAUCACCGAGGCCACGGGGGUCUCCGACACGGCGCAGGGCUACACAGACACCCCCGGCGUCUGGACCUCCCAGCAGGUGGACGCCUGGAAGCCCAUCGUCCAGGCCGUCCACGCCAAGGGCGCCGUCUUCUUCUGCCAGCUCUGGCACGUCGGCCGCGUCUCCACCAACGCGUUCCAGCCCAACGGGCAGGCGCCCAUCUCCAGCACCGACCGGGCGGUGCCUCCCCAGGUGAGCAAAGAUGGCCACGUCGAGGAGUUCUCCCCGCCUCGUAGGCUCGCCAAGGAGGAGAUCCCCGGGAUCGUCGACGACUUCCGGAAGGCCGCGCGCAACGCCAUCGACGCCGGCUUCGACGGCGUGGAGAUCCACGGCGCCAACGGUUACAUCAUCGAGCAGUUCCUCAAGGACAGCGCCAACGACCGCACCGACGAGUACGGCGGCAGCCUGGAGAACCGCUGCCGCUUCGCGCUCGAGGUCGUCGGAGCCGUCGUCGACGAAAUCGGCGCGCACCGCGUGGGCGUGCGCCUGUCGCCGUUCACGGACUACAUGGACUGCCACGACUCCGACCCGGAGGCCCUGGCGACGUACAUGGUGCACAAGCUCAGCGACCUCAACGUGCUCUACUGCCACAUGAUCGAGCCGAGGAUGGCGCUCGUGGAUGGGCGGCGGCAGAUCCCGCACCGGCUGCUGCCGUUCAGGAAGGCGUUCAAGGGCACGUUCAUCGCCGCCGGCGGGUACGACAGGGCGGAAGGCAACAAGGUGGUCGACGAGGGGUACACGGACCUCGUCUCCUACGGUCGGCUGUUCCUGGCGAACCCGGACCUGCCAAACAGGUUCCAGCUGCCGGACGCGCCGCUCAACAAGUACGACCGCGCCACCUUCUACACCUCCGAUCCCGUCGUCGGAUACACCGACUACCCAUUCCUCUCUCAUGACUAGCUCUUAUUAGUUAUCUGCAUGAAUGCCUGCGCGCGCGCUUAAUUUCAUCCAUCUUCCCGUCCAUGGAUGCAUGCAUCCUACGUACGUACUCUCUGGCUAGCUACUUCAAUUCAUUGUGUGUCUGCAUGCAUGCAUGCUAUAUAUAUUGCCAUGCCGUGAUAUGAAAUCACUAGUAAUAAAGGAUUAUCGGAUUUGCUCUCCUA